AUGGAAGUAGUCAAUUCUGCAGUAACAAUAAUCAGUGAUCCCGAAAAAUGUAGAACUUGGGUAUCCCAACAUAAAUCUUCAGUAAAAGCUUAUAUUUCUUUGGCUAUAUUCUGUGUGAUUGUAUUCUUUUUUCUUUCUGAUGGAGACUUUUCAUUUCUUUUGACUCUGUCAUCUUUAACUUCAGCCUUUAGCUUCGCAAUGGUUUGCCUCAAGAUUGAGAUCACAAAAUCUUGUGCAGGAGUGUCUCUUAGAAUGAUGGAAGCAUAUGUGAUUUUAAUUUUUGCAAGAUUAUGUUCUAUUAUUCCAUUCGAAGGAUAUCUACCCUAUGACAGGAGUGGAGAUUGGCUUUACCAGACUCUUGAAGCAAGUUGUAUGAUUAUAGCAGGCACUAUUGUAUACUUAUGUAGAUACAGAUACAAAGAGACAUAUGACCCAAAUUCGGAUGAAUUUAAUAGUAUGUAUUUGAUCAUCCCUGCAUUUAUUAUGGCAUUAGUCUUUCAUCCAUCUCUAAAUUCAUGGAUGCCUGCAGAUAUUGCAUGGACUUUUGCUCUUUAUCUUGAAAGUGUUGUCGUCCUUCCUCAACUCUUCAUGUUUCAGAAAGAACGCAAGGUCGUUCCUUUUACUAGUCACUUCCUUGCUAUGCAGGCUGUAAGUAAAAUAUUAGCCUUUAUCUUUUGGAUUUCUUCCUACACUGAACUUAAUGAUCCAUCUAAGGUUCUCAAGAAACAUGUUGGAUACUGGGUUAUUAUAAUGCAGAUUGUGCAACUUGCACUUAUGGGAGAUUUUGUUUAUCACUAUGCUAGAUGUAUAACAAGAGGUGUUCCAGUUCAGUUUAUUUUAAUGGAAAAUGUUUGA